AUGUCAGGAUCUUUUUCACUUUCAAAGAUCAAUCCCAAAUUAUUAAGAAGAAUUUAUCGUGCUUGUAGACCUUCCUUGGAAGAACCUAACUUAGCAUUAAAUUUGGAGAUUUGUGAUUAUGUUAAUGCAAAACAAGGAUCAAUUCCAAGAGAAGCUGCCAUUACUGUAGCCAAAUUGAUCAGUCAAAGAGAUCCUCAAACCAGUGAAUUGGCUUUAGCUUUAUUGGAUAAUUUAGUGAAGAAUUGUGGUUAUCCAUUCCAAUUACAAAUAUCUCGUAAAGAAUUCUUGAAUGAAUUGGUUAAAAGAUUCCCUGAAAGACCUCCAUUACGUUAUACUAGAGUUCAAAGAUUAAUCUUAGCUCAAAUUGAAGAAUGGUAUCAAACAAUUUGUAAAACUUCUAAAUAUAAGGAAGAUUUCGGUUAUAUUAAAGAUAUGCAUAGAUUAUUAAGCCAUAAAGGAUAUAUUUUCCCUGAAGUUAAAGUCGAAGAUGCAGCAGUGUUGAAUCCAUCAGAUUCUUUAAAAACUCUUGAAGAUUUACAAAAAGAAGAAGAAUUAGUUAAUUCUGCUAAAUUACAAGAAUUAAUUAGAAGAGGAAGACCUCAAGAUUUACAAGAAGCCAAUAAAUUAAUGAAGAUUAUGGCAGGUUUCAAAGAAAGUAAUAAAGCUAAAGAGAAUAAGCAAGAAAUUGUUGAUGAUUUAGCUAGAUUGAAGAGGAAAUCUGAAAUUUUGGAUGAAAUGUUAAGUAACUUACAAUCACAAAAUGCUAAGAUUGAUGGAGAUAAUGAAGCUUUACAUGAAUUAUAUGGUUCAAUCAAGAGUAGUCAACCAAUUAUAAAUAAAAUCAUUGAAGAAGAAACUGAUGAAUCCAAAGUAAAUGAAUUAUUAACUUUGAAUGAUAAUAUUAAUAAUUUAAUCAAUAAAUUCCAAUUAUUAAGAGGUGGUAAGAUUGAUGAAGCUUCUAAGAUCAAAUCAAAUAUUAAUCAAGAAUUGAAUUUAAUUGAUUUCGAUGAUGAUGAACCAAUAAGUAACAAUCAAAAUGAUAAUGAAGGUUAUAAUGAUUUAUUAGCCGAUUUAUCUAACUUGACCUUCAAUGGACAAUCCAAUGGUUCAAGUUCAGCUCAAAAAUCUAAUAAUGAUAUUCUUAAUUUAUUUGGAUCUGGUGGUUCAAUUGCUUUAGGAACUCCACAACCAGAAAUUUCUCAAUCAAUUUCACAACCACAACCUGUAAAACCAUCCAAUAAUACUAAUAGUACUUCAAACAACAUUGAUUUAUUAGGUGAUUUUACUUCUCCAUCACCUCAAUUACAAUCAAAUGUUGGGUUAGAUCCUUUUAAUUUGAAUUUCCCAAACACUACACCAAGUCAAAUACAGUCAAAGAAACUUUUAAAUCAAUCAAAUAAUUUGAAAUUUGAAGUUGAAUUAAGUAAUGGUACUAGUGGUAAAUUCUUAUUCAGUAAUUUAACAUCAAAUACUUUCACAAAUUUCAAAUUUUCAGUUGCAGCUCCAAAGAAUUGUAAAUUAGAAUUGAAUGCUCAAAGUGGUGAUGUUAUUUAUGGUUUCUCAAGUAAUGGUGUUACUCAAGUAUUCAAGAUUGAUAAUCCAAGUAACAAGACUUUGAAAAUCAAAUGGAAAAUUGAAUAUUCUUUAAAUAAUCAACCUUAUGAAGAAUCAGGUGUAAGUAAUUUGACCGAUUAG